AUGUCUUGGGGGAUCACCAAGCAAUCGAUCUUGGUGUUGCCCUACCAGAUCCUCCACCCGGAAAUGCACAGGCGCUUGAGCAAAUCCAACAUAUCCAAUUGCAAAUGGACGAUGGAAACUCCAUCUCCUGGGGAGCAAGUGGUCACUGUGGCCAUUGAGUCCUUCAGCAACAACGUAUUCAUCAAUUGGCUUGCAGGAGUGGCGAACAAUGGAAGGCUGGGAUGCAUCAUGUUCGAUGAGGCACAUGGGAUCGUAGAAGAUCAACUGUUCCAUCCAGCCUACCUCGAUGCCGUCCGGAAGCUCAUGCAGCUGCAGAAUGCCCCCAUCCUUUUUAUGUCGGGCACGAUGUCGCGGGGUUUCACCUGGAAGUUUUGGAAGGCUGCUGACCUCCUGUAUCGUCCAGACCAGUCUGCGGUGGUGAUCCGCACGAGGACCCAACGGCCACAGAUCUUCUACCAGUUCGUGGUACUGGGGAUGGGUCAAGAGCCUUGCAAGACGGAUCUUCCAGACGUCAAGACGGCCUGGAACAUGGAAUGGCGUGCACAAACGGUCGAGGUCAUCCGCCAGGUGGAGGAGGGUCUGAAGGGCGAUGAACGGGGGUUGGUGUUCUUCGCAGGCUACUAUGGCUUCGAUUACCAUGCUGUAGCCUUUUCGAUCUUCGUUGGGCAACCUUUCUCUGUGAACGACUUCUACCAGAGUUCGGGGAGGGUGGCUCGAGGUCUGCAAGUUGGAACGAGCCUUGUGUUGCUUCCAGCUCCUCCGAAGCGCUUUUCCGCCACACAGGAGUGUUUCGAGGGUCGUGUGGCCAUGACGAAGGCCAUUCAACAGUACACGAUGUGCCAUCGGGUCAUGCCUUCGCUGCAUCUGGAUAGCAAGGGUGAAAACUGUAUGGGCCUUCGGGAGUCAGAGCCGGGGACGGUGCUGUGUGUGGCGUGUUACAAGGACAAGAAAGGCAAGCUGGAUGACUAUGAUUUCGAUCUCCGCUGGGGUAAACCUUUCGACAUCGAUGCAACCGCAUGGAUCUUGGACACCUUCUUCCACCGAUCGAUCGGCUGGCACUUCAAAGAGUGGGCCUUCGGCCUUGGAGAUCAACGCUUCGCUCCAGCUGUCCAAAUCCAACGCUUCUUCUGCCGUCCCCAUUCAAGUGGAAAAAUGUCUCCGGGAACUCAAGGGCAGGGAUGGCAACAAUAUCAGGAGGGAUAUCACAAGUGGAAGUGGAAGCGUGGCCUGUUUUGCACCAAGGGGGACGGUAAGGACAUUGAGGGGUAUUGUUGGAAAUGCCUCCUCAACAUGGACUCUAGUUUGGUGCACACUUGUCCAACGAAGGACGGGUGCAAAUUUCCUGAUAUGAUUCCUGAAAUGGCCUGGAUGGUCCUAGGCUCGGAGGCGCUCCGUAAGGGUCUGGCCAACUACAUUGGUGAUCCCAAGGUAGAAACCAUAUGUGGGUACGAAUCGUGGCUGUUGGGGAGAUGGGAGGGCAAUAAGAAAUGGCGUAACAGUUCCACUCUGCUUGUACUCUUCUUUUACCGAUGUUGCUCAUCAAAAUAG